AUGGAUAUUAUUAUCCUACCGCGACCGACGGCUCCUUCCUCCACCACGAGUUGGUGUGGUGGCGAAACUUGCCCCACCACCACCUUGUCCUCGUCUACAACGUCUCCAACGACCACCACUACGAUUUGGACCACCUCCACGAUUUGGACCACCUCCACGACUUGGACCACCAUUACGACUUGGACCACAACAACUACAACCUCUCAACCAGCAACAUCAACAACAACAACAACAGCAGCAAGAACAACGACUAAUCCUGUGUCCACCACCACAAGACCCGUUACAACCAAUACCGUGCCUUUACCAAUAACCACUCAAUCAUCGUAUUCUUCAAACCUACCCGUGGGCACCUCUACCUCAACCCAAUCCACAUCCAUUCUCGGGUUGGGUGCCAGUCCCACGGCCUCUCCAAUAGACGGAGGUAACGGCGGUCUAAACCGGACUGUAGUAAUCGGUAUCGCGUCUGUAGGCGUGAUCGCUAUUGGUAUUGUCAUCACCGUCUUAAUCAUAAAGGGCACUCGUCGCCGAAAAAGACAUCAGGCACUGGGUCAAGAUGACCUGUUUGACCAUCUGCCUAUCGAACCGUCCCCCAAGCCCUUGGUGUCCACCACCGCGACCUACCAUCACGCGCAUCACAAAAACCACGAACUCGAGCCCAUGUACUAUCAAGGCGGCGAUCAUCAAAUGCAUCAAAUGGACCAUAUGGGACACUCAGGCGAUGGAUACCAUGAGUACCACCACCAUCACCACGACCCCUCUCAAGGCCAGGCUCACCAGGGCGGACAUGGAGAUCAUCAAGCUUUCGCUGACCAGGGACAGGCGCAUCAAGGUGGCCAUGGGGGCCACCAGGGUCUCUCAGACCAGGGACAGGCACAUCAGGGCGGACAUGGAGAUCAUCAGGGCGUUGCUAACCAAGGCGGAGCACAUCAGGGCGGUGGCGGACAAGGAUUCCAAGACCCCAGUAAUCAGGGAUUCCCGAACAACGGAACCGCAAACCAGGGGCCAUUCCAGCAGAUCGGAGGCGGUUCACAUCCUCCACCACAACCGCCAAGCCAGCCAUCAACAGCUUUGCCGGGUAUCAGUGGCGGACCACCCCCAGUAAUUCUUGCGCCUCUUCUGGUGAACCGACCAAAGACAAAUACCCGGAGCAGACCAAAAUCCUCGUCCCAGUACUCGGUAUUGUCCUCGCCCACCUUGACCAACUUCAGCGUGGAUCAUGGGCUCAUCGAUGAGACCUCAAUUCCUGCCCAAGGUACCAUGAUUGUCGGUCCACCAUCAAUCGGGCAUAGGUCUUCUUCGGCGUCGUCGUCUUCAUUAGGACAUAGAUCCAGCAGCGGCCGGGAUGGAUAUGGACAGGACCUCGAAUACUCGCCUCGAACCAAGCAGACACUCCUGGAUCAGACUCGAUACCAUGAUUCCAGUUCUACGCAACACAUGUCAUCCAGGGUCUUGCCGAUCUCGCCUAGGAUCGCGACCAUCCCAUCAGCGCAGGUGUUCGAGAUCAGGGCCCCUCAGGAGGGACACUCAGAGGCUGUUGGCUCGAUUGUUUCUACAGGAAAUGUCUCCUCUCUCAACACCUUUGAUCGACGACAUCCCCAGGCGAUGGAUGACAACCAGAACAACAACAGUCUGUUCAGCCCUUACUCCCGUAGCUCGCGCAACCCUGAAGACGCAUAA